CAAUGCUCAUGAUGAGAAGCUUGAUGCUCGUCGCUGCCAUGCUCGCCUCCGCCGAUGCUUUCGCGUACACCCCUUCCCAGACUCUCAUGCUCCGCCAGGGAGCCUCUGCUGUCUCUGGUUUGAAGAGAAGCUCCUUUGCUGUCGCCAAGCCCGCUCGCGCCACCGCCCUCAAGAUGCAGUCGGAGGAUGACAAGGCCAAGGCCUCUGGCAUCGCCCUCGCCGUUGUCGGUCUCAUCUUCUCCAAGUUCUCUAUCCUCGUUGCCGUUCUUGCUGGAGGAGCUGGCGUGUACUGCGCUAAGCUGCCUGAGGAGGGAGACAAGGGACUCAGCGACACUGCCAAGCAGGUUUCUCUUCUCAUCGGAACUUAUGCCCUCAAGGCCUUCGACUUCGUCAAGCAGAAGGACGCGGAGGAGGGUAUCAGCAAGAAGCUCGUUGAGCAGAUCAAGGGAGCUGUUGACGAGGCUAAGAACAACAUCAAGCAGUAAAUUAGAAUCCCCAUGGCUUUGAUUGUUGCAUGCUGAAUUUGCUCGAAAUGUUACAGUAAACAGACAAUUGCGUAGG